GAAUCGGAAGGAGCUCUGAUUGAAAGAAGGAGAAGAUUAAUUACAAAACUUAGCAGCAAAGACGAAAAGGGCGUUACUAGGGUUAUCUAAACGUAAAAUCAAAGCAGUGAACAAAAUGUCAACAAAUUACAACAUUUCUGCUUCAACAGCGACAACUACUACGUUUUCUUCUCUGCCUGAAAAUAUUUCUUUGUCACUGAAAAAUUUUGCUUUGGUUCUUCUAUUAAUGGUGUCUCUGACUGGUAACACUCUCAUCCUAUGGGCAAUCUACGAAGACAAACGAUUAAGAACCAAUACAAACAUCUUGAUAGCAAACAUGGCGGUCAGUGACCUAAUUUUUCCAUUAGUGUCAGUCCCAACAAUCGUUGUUGCUUUGAAUUUUAACCGGAAGUGGUUGAUUGGCGGUGACUUUGGAGUUGCAAUUUGCAAACUUGUGCAUUUUCUAGGAGAGAUCUCAUUUUUGAUCUCGAUCUAUAGCUGUAUUUUCAUCGCUCUUGAUCGGUAUUACGCUGUGGCUCAUCCAUUCAAGGGCGGCUUUAGCAGGUCAAGACUUAAGUACAUAAUCCCAGGGAUCUGGAUCUUUUCAGGUCUUGUAACCUCACCAUAUUUACGAAUUUCCCGCCUUAAAAAAUACAAUGAUUCGUAUUCCUGUGAACUUGACUGGUCUCAGGAUGGCAUACCCAGCGGACAUCUAAUCCAUUCAAUCUCUGUAACAGUGCUAGCAAACGGUUUAACCAUCCCAAUUAUUAUAAUCCUUUACUCACUUAUUUUUAUAGGCUUCGCAAGCAAACACUUCUAGGACAGCAGCCAACAGACU